CCCCUGCCCCUGUAUAAAGAGAGUGCACUUUCCCUUUUUGGCCUUUUACUGAAGUCCCCUCAACAUGAACACUCGAUUCCUGCUCUCAGCCCUCUUCUUCUUCUUCUUCUUCACAGUCCUGAGUGUUGCACAUGCUCAAGGAAGGGGACCCGUCUCAAGAAUCACAAGAACUCGUGAUCUUUCCAACCAAACUCAUCAUUGGAGACACACCCAGAUGACGAAAUCACAGGUGACCGGUGUCAAGUUCAAGUCUUUUUCACCUCCAAUGGUGCAAGCAGGUGUCUUGUGCUUCGUAGCAGCUGCUAUUUCAAGCGCGGGCGGGAUUGGUGGUGGCGGGCUUUUCAUACCGAUUCUCGCUAUAAUUGCAGGCCUUGAGCUCAAGACAGCCUCGAGCAUCUCGGCUUUCAUGGUCACUGGUGGAUCGAUUGCGAAUGUCAUCUGCAAUUUGGUCAUCAAGAGCCCCAGGUCUGGUGGCAAGUGCCUGAUCGACUAUGACAUCGCGCUCCUCUCAGAGCCAUGCAUGUUGUUGGGAGUGAGUGUUGGGGUCAUAUGCAAUGUUGUCUUCCCUGAGUGGCUCAUCACUGUACUAUUUGCAGUCUUUCUUGCUUGGUCCACCAUCAAGACCUGCGGAAAUGGGGUCUCGUAUUGGAAGCUGGAGUCACAGGAAGGGAGAGAGAUAGUACACUUGGAAAAUGGGUCUGUGAAAGAGGGGUUCGAUGGGUCUGAGGAAGCCAAAACUGCAAGAGAGCCUCUUUUGCGUGUUGAACCAGAAUGUCCAGACAAGUUUCCAUGGAUGAAAUUGGGGGUUUUGGUUCUGGUCUGGUUUUCAUUCUUCUUGGUGUACGUUCUUCGUGGAAAUCGAUAUGGGCAGAGUAUCAUCCCAAUUGAGCCCUGUGGUCCAGGAUAUUGGAUACUUUCAUCCAUUCAGAUUCCACUAGCUGUGGCCUUUACUUCAUGGAUCCUUUUCAGGAAGGAAAGCAUCCAAAAUCAAGUUUCAAGCCAGCAGGACAUUGAUGACCUGAGCAGAGAAGAACCAGCCAACAGGCUUAUUUUUCCAGUGAUGGCACUGUUAGCUGGACUUCUGGGCGGAAUUUUCGGAAUAGGCGGUGGAAUGCUAAUAAGCCCACUCCUCCUGCAAGUGGGAAUUGCACCUGAGGUUACAGCAGCGACUUGCUCAUUCAUGGUUUUCUUCUCAUCCACAAUGUCGGCGCUCCAGUAUAUCCUAUUGGGGAUGGAGCACACAGAGAUCGCCCUGAUAUUAUCCUUUAUUUGCUUCGUCGCAUCACUUCUGGGAAUAAUCGUGGUUCAGAGGGCCAUAAGUAUAUACGGGAGGGCCUCGCUCAUCGUGUUCUCCGUCGGCAUUGUGAUGGCAUUGAGUACGGUUCUUAUCACCGGAUUCGGAGCUGUUGAGGUCUGGAACGACUACAUUUCCGGCAAGUAUAUGGGAUUCAAACCUCCCUGUUGACGACUCUUGCACAUGGAAUUUUCGGUAAGCGCGCAUGCUGUAAAAGUUAUAAAUUGCUCGCUUCUAUUCAGCUAAUAUGGAAUAAAGAUCAGGCCUAUCCCAUUUGUGGGAUCAGGCCAACAUAUUAGAACUUGUCUCUCUACGGGAGAUUGUUCCCAUAGACUAGUUUACGAUAUCGGGUAUUUUCUUGUGUAAAAUCGGGAGCGGAAGGGCCGUGCAUGGAGAUUUCUUGACCUGGAAAGAUGAUCCUUUAUAUAAUCUUGUAAGACAAGUAUGAUAAUCCUUGCCGUGAGACUUAACUUUUCGGUGUUAAGCACAAUAAAGCAUGCAAUUCCACGA